GUUUUCUACUUAAAGGGACGCGCGCAGUCCGAACCUCGCAACAAACAACCGGAAAGGCCUAAACCAGUUGGUACUUUGCACGCAAUUAAUUUCCGCUAGGUCUUUCGAAAAGUUUCGUGGUGUAGUUCCAAGUUCAAACAAGAAUUUACGAGGACACUCCAAAAAAGUUCACAAGCCGAGAACAAAUUACUUGUCAGCUGACUAUCGACUUUCCCAUCGAAUCAUCAACGAGUGGAAUUCACUACCUCAGCACGUGGUUGAGGCUCCAUCCGUCGACUCUUUCAAAAGAAAGUUGGAUCAACUGAGAGACCACCAUUGCCAGGACUAACAUAGGCCAUCGAGCCUCCUGUCCUUCCCAAACUGAAACUGAAACUUAAAUUUCAAACGAAACGCAAGUCCGAAAAUAUCUUCCGGGCCAAAAAAUAAUCUACAUAUAGCAAGCACAAAGAAAUCAAUCGGUUUAUGCAAGAUCUUGACCAAAAUAUUGGAUAUCGGGUCACAAGGCUAACGAAUUCGGAAUUAUAUGUAUAUAUCUUCAUCCUGAAUACUCAGUAAACAUUGAUUGUUUUCUAAUGGCUCAAGAAAAAGAGUCUCUUGUGGAGUCUCAUUGGUCUGAUUUUCAACCUCCAUCAAGCUCAGCGAUGAUCUACAGACGGGAAGUUAUUCCUCGUCAACGAGCGUUAUCUGCGUUACUAAUUGGCUUGGGAAUUAUUGUAACAUUGAUACUUUUACUGGUUUUAUCCUACUUCAUGCACAUUUACUCAAGUGAUCAUUCACAUAUUAACAUGCACGAUUCACUAAAUCCAAUUUGUUUAUUACCAAGAUUAACUGGUAAAUGUCGUUCAAAACUUCAUCGUUGGGGUUGGAAUCCACAAAAAACAAUCUGUGAAGAAUUCAUCUAUGGUGGUUGUGGUGCAAAUGAAAAUAACUUUUUAACCAAAGAAGAAUGUGAAGCAGUAUGUAAGAUUACAGUUUACAUAUAAGUCAUUAUACCAAUACAUAAGCGAUUAUUUUAUCGAAGUAUUAUUUCUCUAUCCCUCUCUCCGUAAAAUAUCACUUAUUGUAUGAUAUCAUAUUUUAUUAUGUCAUUUCAUCUAGUUUUUGUCAUUAAAAUGAUUGAGAUCAUCAAAGCUUUUCAACUAUUAUAAUCUUCAUUCAUUUCAAUAUUAUACUCAUAAGUAUAUUUAUA